GAAUUGAAGAAAGCAAAGCAAAGCAAGAGCGAGACAGAGAGAGUGAGGGAGAGAAAAAUGGUUGGUUGGGCUAUAGCGGUGCACGGAGGCCCUGGUGUGGACCCAAACCUCCCACUGGAACGCCAAGAACAAGCCAAACUCCUCCUCACUCGGUGCCUCAACGUCGGCAUUUCUGCUCUUCGUUCCUCCCUCCCCGCCAUCGACGUCGUCGAACUCGUCGUUAGAGAAUUGGAAUCGGAUCCUCUGUUCAAUUCAGGGCGUGGAUCUGCCUUGACGGAGAAAGGAACGGUGGAGAUGGAGGCCAGCAUCAUGGAUGGGCAUGGAAGACGGUGCGGCGCCGUUUCAGGAGUGACCACCGUGAAGAGCCCAGUCUCCCUCGCCCGCCUCGUCAUGGAAAAGUCUCCCCACUCUUACCUCGCUUUCUCCGGCGCCGAAGAGUUCGCCCGCCGACAGGGUGUGGAGAUGGUGGACAACGAAUACUUUAUCACGGAGGAAAACGUUGGCAUGUUGCAGUUGGCCAAGGAAGCGAACACUAUAUUGGUACGCAUACCUGUCAUAUCAUCAUCUUUUAUGAUCAUCAUCAAAAACCUGCUGCAGAUGAACGGCCUCCCAAUCAGCGUGUACGCGCCGGAGACAGUGGGAUGCGUGGUGGUGGACGGGGAAGGGCGGUGUGCGGCAGCGACUUCCACCAGCGGGCUGAUGAACAAGAUGAGCGGUCGCAUCGGCGAUUCCCCGCUUAUAGGAGCAGGGACUUACGCGUGUGAAGUGUGUGGCGUGUCGUGCACGGGCGAGGGGGAGGCCAUCAUACGCGGGACACUGGCACGUGACGUGGCGGCGGUGAUGGAGUACAAGGGUUUGGGCCUCCAGGAGGCGGUGGACUACGUGGUGAGGGAGAGGCUGGACCAAGGCAAGGCUGGUCUGAUUGCUGUGUCCAGGAAUAGUGAGGUGGCUUAUGGGUUCAACUGUAUUGGAAUGUUCAGGGGCUGUGCCACUCAAGAUGGGUUCAUGGAAGUUGGUAUUUGGGAGUAGACGUGUUUAGUGCGUUUAGAUUUUGGAUUUGAAUAGAUAUUUAUUAAAGGACAAGAAUAAAGAAUAAAAAAGUGACAACUAUUUAGAGUCUUCCUUCAAAUAUCUAUUUAAAUUAAUGAUCCAUACACAAUAUGUUACUUGGAGUUGUUUGUUUAUUGUAACCUUUGGUGGCAGUAAUGAAUCCACACUUCAGUAAUAGUAAUUUGGUAAUAUAUACAUACUUAGGCCAAGUUUGGCAUGAAUUUAAAAAGUCAAAAAGUCAAAAAGUUACUUAAAAAGUUAAAAAGUUAUCAUUAUUCAUCAAUAAUCAAAAAGUACGGCGGCAUAACUCCUAAUUCUAAUUUUCCCCUAUACAC